CAUCAAACAUCGUUCAGUGGCGCAGUUUUGGUAAUUAAACAUUGGAGCGUUUCUAAAUAGCAUAGCAGCUCAGAGCUCAGUAUGCAGUUAAGUCGUGUGAGAUUUCUCAAGAUAUUGGUCUUGAUCAUCUCCAUAAAUAUCUUCAUACUACUCGCAUUCUUCAGUUACAACAAUUCUGAGCACAGUCAUCGAUCUAAACGAGUCGUUUUUAUCGAUGAACUGCUGGUUGACAAAAGAGAGGAACCCAGCUGGCCGCAGAAAUUGAAAUUUAUCCGAGAGGAGAUGCCCUCGUUCCCGCUGGAGGAACUGCUGCGAAGACCCGCCACUAAGUCCACCUGUGGAAAAGUUCCAAAUUCUUUGGGCAUUGAUUUCAGCAACGAUUAUUGGCAAACGGUUCACAUAGAGAACCUGACAUAUCAUCUCUUUGGUGCGUACUAUGACAACAGGGAGAAAAUUAUAGAUGCGCCACUUGUCCGAGUGCUAACCAUGAUCAAUCAUUAUGGGAAUCGGUACACGGUCAAGUUUCCUCAGUCCUAUUGUCAAUUGUGGUUCAGGAAUCGCGUCGAUCCAGUAAUUGCUAAUGUAAGUGAUCAUAAGAUUAUUUGGGUUUGGGGCGGUGACCCGACAGGCAAAGUCUUCCCGACGCUUAUCAGCUGCCGUGUGCCCAACGUGGAAAAGGAGGCACCCGAAAUGGUGUCCAUAGUAGCACAGCGUUGUGACAAUGCGAGAAAUCUGCUGCGGGUCGUUUAUGAACCUGCUGUCAACACGGUCGCCAUGCCCCAACAGAAGGAUCAGCCGAUGAACGAUCAAGAUAAUUCAGAAAAGCCGCUGCGCUUAAUGAUUUGCGUAAAGGCUUUGGACUUCCUAUACAAGGAUAUAUCUUGGCGUCUGAUUGAAUGGCUUGAACUAAUGCGGCUGAUGGGUGUCAGCAAGGUGGUCUUCUACGAUGCCCAAAUGCAUCCAAAUAUGACGCGUGUGCUAAACGAUUAUAUAACCAGCAGUCCGGGCUUUGUCGAGCUGCGCCCUCUGUCGAUGGGCCGUGGAGAACCGCACACGGGACGUCAUUUUCAUCACUACGCGAUGGAUGCGGACUACUUCAAUCGCAUACUCAAUGAGAUGAUACCAUACAACGACUGCUUCUACCGCAACAUGUACAAGUUCGACUAUAUAGGCGUCUUUGAUACCGAUGAAGUCAUCAUGCCUCUGGGCAAUAUCACCAAAUUGUCGGAUCUGAUCAAACUGGCGCACAAGGUGCCCAACUAUGGACAAGAUGCGAGCGACUGCAGUGCAUGGGCUGGCUUCUGCUUCCGCAACGUCUACUUUCCCCUUUAUCCGAAGCGGCCAAAGGUCUACAAGAAUCUGCCCAGCUUUUAUUAUAUGCUGCAGCAUGUGGAACGUGUGAAGGAAUACUGUGAUCCCCUUUCGGCCACAAAAUGUUUUCACUCCACGCAAUUUGUGAUUGGUCUACAUAAUCACUUUCCAAUCUAUAUUGCAUAUAAUGGUGAAUGCGACCCGAAAUCUGUGCCCAUUGAGUUUGGCCAGCUGCAGCAUUAUCGUGAGCCGGACAAUAAGACGCACCUCCUCAAUCCCGUUGUGGAUGACAGUAUCUGGCGUUACCAGCCGCUGUUGCAGCAGCGUGUCUAUGCCAAAUAUGAGAAGCUCGGCUUUUUGCCCGACAUUCAACAAGUGAUCGAUGCCAAGCAUCAACGCCGUAAAGACGAUGAGCAACACCUACACGAAGCUAUCUUUAAGAUAUAGAUAAUAUUACAUAUUAUAUCAUCUACAUAUAUUUACUCUAGUAAUACUCUAGACAAAGUAAUAAAUUUUUUAAAAUUAAUAAAGGGGAAACGUGGCAGUCAGACGUAAGCAAC